UGCGAUUCUUAGUGCAAAAAUCACCAAUAGAAAAAUACAGUGUGACUGCUCAAGAGAACAGGACUGAAUCAACAGGAAGAUCAGUCAUACUAAAGUGUCCGAGAGAUUGGCAUCCAUACCGGGAUAAAUGCUUACAUCUUUCUCAAACUUCUGGACCUUGGUCUGAAGGUCUAACUUAUUGCUCUGUGAAAGAAGCCACUUUGCUGCUCAUUGAAAAUGAAGAAGAAUUGAGAUUCAUUCAUGAUUUCUCAAAGAGAAAAAGACAGCAGUUUUUUAUUGGACUAAACUAUGUACCACCGGAGAAAGCCUGGAAGUGGAUAAAUGGCUCCAUAUUAAAUCCUGAUUUAUUAAGAAUCAUGGGCAUUGAAGAAGAAAACAGCUGUGCAGUCAUCUCACAGACAGAAGUGUUUUCUGACUUCUGUUCUUCAGACAACCGCUGGAUCUGCCAAAAGAAACUGAACCAUGACUGCAAUCCUUGUCCUGAGUCCUGA